GGAGGCCCGGGUCGCCGCCCGCCUCUGCCUUCACUCCCUGCCCUUCCUCCCCCGCCGGCCCGGCUCUUCGCUUUCCGUCUGAGGUGGCGGCCGGCCUCCCUGCUCAGCUGUUUUACCUCUCCUCCCGGCUUCCCUUUUCCUUCAGGCCCGGAGACCAGCCUCGGCGCUUCCUCCGCCUCCUCCGGGUGGCUGUGUAACUCCUGGCCCCUAGACUCCCGGGUCUUUCUCUUUCUUCUCUGGGCUUCGGUCCGCGCCCUGCCCGCCAUGAAUGAGGAGUACGACGUGAUUGUGCUGGGCACCGGCCUGACGGAAUGUAUCCUGUCAGGCAUAAUGUCAGUGAAUGGAAAGAAAGUUCUUCACAUGGAUAGAAAUCCAUACUAUGGGGGAGAAAGUGCAUCGAUAACACCUCUGGAAGAUUUAUAUAAAAGAUUUAAACUACCAGGAACACCACCAGCAUCAAUGGGAAGAGGAAGAGACUGGAAUGUUGACUUAAUUCCCAAGUUCCUUAUGGCUAAUGGUCAGCUGGUUAAGAUGCUGCUUUAUACAGAGGUCACCCGCUAUCUGGAUUUCAAAGUGAUUGAAGGGAGUUUUGUCUAUAAGGGAGGAAAAAUCUACAAGGUUCCUUCCACUGAAGCAGAAGCCCUGGCAUCUAGCUUAAUGGGGCUGUUUGAAAAGCGUCGCUUCAGAAAAUUCCUGGUGUAUAUUGCCAAUUUUGAUGAAAAAGAUCCUAGAACUUUCGAGGGUGUUGAUCCUCAGAAGACUGCGAUGAGAGAUGUGUAUAAGAAAUUUGACUUGGGCCAAGAUGUUAUAGAUUUUACUGGUCAUGCCCUGGCACUUUAUAGAACUGAUGACUAUUUAGAUCAACCAUGUUGCGAAACCAUUAAUAGGAUUAAACUUUACAGUGAGUCUUUGGCAAGAUACGGCAAAAGCCCAUACCUGUAUCCACUUUAUGGUCUUGGAGAACUGCCACAAGGAUUUGCAAGGCUAAGUGCUAUUUAUGGAGGUACUUACAUGCUGAAUAAGCCAAUUGAAGAAAUCAUUGUGCAGGAUGGAAAAGUGAUUGGUGUAAAAUCUGAAGGAGAGAUUGCUCGCUGUAAGCAGCUCAUCUGUGAUCCCAGCUAUGUAAAAGAUCGGGUAGAAAAAGUGGGCCAGGUGAUCAGAGUUAUCUGUGUCCUUAGCCACCCCAUUAAGAACACCAAUGAUGCCAACUCCUGCCAGAUUAUUAUCCCACAGAACCAAGUGAAUCGAAAGUCAGAUAUCUAUGUCUGCAUGAUCUCCUCUGCACACAAUGUGGCAGCACAGGGAAAGUAUAUUGCCAUAGUGAGUACAACUGUGGAGACCAAGGAACCUGAGAAAGAAAUCAGACCAGCUUUGGAGCUCUUGGAACCAAUUGAACAGAAAUUUGUCAGCAUCAGUGAUCUCCUUGUACCAAAAGAUUUGGGAAAAGAAAGCCAGAUCUUCAUUUCUCGCACAUACGAUGCUACUACUCAUUUUGAGACAACCUGUGAUGACAUUAAAGACAUCUACAAGAGAAUGACAGGUUCAGAGUUUGACUUUGAGGAAAUGAAACGCAAGAAAAAUGACAUCUACGGAGAAGAGUAACAGCGGAACAUGUUCUCAUCUAAUUAGGACAAAGUUAAAAUUUGGCAAAUAAUGCAUAUUACAUGAAAUCACUAUUCUAAGACCUGCUUUUGUAAUCAAAACUGAGAUUGCGGAGCACUGUACCAGUAAAUAUUCCUCCCCUUUCUAAUAUCAUGUAUUAACUUGUUUCAUGGAGUGGCUAUUCAGAAUUGAUAAUUAUAAUUCUGUUCAGUUUAACCAACACUGGCUUUUUUUUUUUCUUCCUUACUGAAGGAUCAGUUUUGGGGAACAUUGCAAAACUGAUAGAGAACUUGAUACAGUAUUUGUAUCUUUUAAUCAGUGCAGCCUUUGCAAUUACGUGCUUUUGCUGCUCAAGAGCUGGAUCAGUACAUUUUGUGUGCCAUCUGUCCUCUUGACGUUGCAAUUCUAAAUUGAAAAUUCCAUAAUUUGGGAUAGCCUCCCUAAGUUUUUCUCUAUGCUCUUACAUUUUGUGUCAAGUAUUAUGAAAAUACCCACAUGACACAGCUACAAGUUUGGUUUGUGUGGGUCUAAAAUCCUAAUCAAACUUGACAAUGAAGUCAUUUUGGAGGAGGCCUGUGUGCGGUGUUUUACUAAAAUUGAUGAGCAAAAUGGGGAAAGAAACCUAUCAUAAAGCAGGUAAAAUGUAGAAGCUUCUUUUAUAUCCCAGUUGUGGCUUCUUCAAUGGACCAAGCUGCAAUGCAGUAUUGAUUUGACAGAGCCUCUACUUCAGUGAUCCGUGUCAAAAUGGCUCCAAAUGAUUUCUGUACUGCAAAAUAAAGCCAAACUCUGGAAAC